AUGCAUCUGAGCGCGAACGAGGGGAUCGAGGGCGUGCGGUUCGCGGUGACGGGCGGGCAGGGCUUCGUCGGCGCCGCACUCUGCCUCGAGCUGCUCCGCCGCGGCGCCCGCGAGGUCCGCUCUCUCGACCUCCGCGCCGUCUCCGCCUGGUCCCCGCAGCUCCUCGACGCUGGCGUCCGCCUCAUCCAAGGGGACGUGAGAAACAAGGAUGAAGUGGGGAGGGCAUUCCGCGGAGUGGACUGUGUUUUCCACCUUGCUUCUUACGGCAUGUCAGGGAAGGAGAUGGUGCAGGCCGGGAGAUGCGAUCAGGUCAAUAUAAGCGGGACCUGCAACGUGCUCGACGCUUGCCAUGGAAAUGGUGUCAGAAGGCUUGUUUAUGUAAGCACUUACAAUGUUGUGUUUGGAGGGAAGCCGAUCACCAACGGGAAUGAGGCGCUGCCUUAUUUUCCUAUCGAAGACCAUGUCGAUGCUUAUGGGCGCAGCAAAUCAGUUGCUGAACAGUUGGUACUGAAGAGUAAUGGACGGCCAUCAAAAAGUGAUAAAAGUACACGUCUUUAUACAUGUGCGAUUCGCCCUGCUGCUAUAUAUGGCCCAGGUGAAGAGCGUCACCUUCCAAGAAUCCUGUCCCUUGCAAAGUUGGGAUUAGCAUUCUUCAAGAUUGGGGGCCCAGAUGUCAAGACAGAUUGGGUCUAUAUCGAUAAUCUAGUUCUUGCUCUGAUAUUGGCAAGCAUGGGACUUCUAGAUGACAUUCCUGACAGGAAGGGACCCCCUGUAGCAGCUGGUCAGGCGUAUUUCAUCUGCGAUGGAUCACCAUGCAAUACUUUUGAAUUUAUCAUCAGCCCCCUAUUUCAAAGUUUGGGUUAUGCUGCUCCUCGAGUGACGAUGGAUACCUCUGUCGCCCUUGCCAUUUCAAGAAUAUUUUUAUUCAUAUCUACUUUGUUCUAUCCAUGGCUUGAUAGUAAAUGGAUCCCGCAGCCUCUAAUUCUUCCUGCUGAAGUGUAUAAGGUUGGUGUUACACACUACUUUUCGUUCCUGAAAGCUAGAGAAGAACUUGGUUAUGUACCUAUGGUGAGCCCCCGGGAAGGCUUGGCUGCAACUAUCUCAUAUUGGCAGGAGCGGAAGAGAAGGGAACUAGAUGGCCCAACCAUAUUUACUUGGCUGGCUGUAAUAAUUGGGACGCUGGCUGUAUUUUCUUCUGCUUAUCUUCCACCAGUUGGCCCGUUGAAAUGGGUGCUUGACAUCCAUUUGUUUGUUUUUCGAUCAAUGUUGGUGAUCCGGCUGGUCUUUGUGACAGCAGUUGCAGCGCAUCUUGGUGAAGCUGUGUAUGCCUGGUUCUUGGCCAAAAAGGUUGAUCCAAGGAAUGCUACAGGAUGGUUUUGGCAAACCUUUGUUCUAGGGGGGUUCUCUCUCCGGUAUCUUCUCAAGAGAGCCAGAGGGUAA